UAUCAUCAAUCAAAUGAAAAUACAUACAAAACUAUACAACAAAUAAUUUCAUAUAUAUAUCAAAAAGAUUAAUUUGUCAAUCUUGUUCUUGAAUGGCUUUAAAUUCUCAUUUGUUUCUUCUUAUUUUUCUUUUCUUUGGUUCUUCUGUUGUGUGUCAAGUUACAGAAUUUAUUAGUAUAGACUGUGGAAGUACAAGUAAUUAUACCGAUCCAAAAACCGGGCUAGAAUGGAUUUCGGAUAUUGGUAUGAUGAGCAAUGGAAAAUCAGUAGAAGUAAAGGAUCCAAAUGCAAACUCUAUACAAUAUCGACAACGACGAGACUUUCCGAUAGAUAGCAACAAGUAUUGCUACAAUCUUUCGACGAAAGAGAGAAGGCGGUACAUUGUUCGUGCAACAUUUCAAUAUGGUAGCUUGGAAAAUGAAGAUUCAUUUCCAAAAUUUGAUCUUUACUUGGAUGCAACUAAGUGGUCAACUGUGACAGUAUUGGAAGGAUCAAGAGUUUAUGUUAAAGAAAUGAUCAUUAGGGCUCCUUCGAGCUCUAUCGAUGUUUGCGUGUGUUGCGCUACGACUGGCUAUCCAUUUAUGUCUACUCUCGAGCUUAGACCUCUCAAUCUUUCUAUGUAUGCAACUGAUUAUGAAGGUAGUUUCUUCUUGAAGUUAGCUGCUAGAGUCAAUUUUGGUGCACCGGAUGAAAAUGAAAUAAGGUACCCGGAUGACCCCUACGACAGAAUUUGGGAUUCAGAUUUAGUAAAGAGACAAAAUUUUCUAGUAGGGGUGGCUUCGGGAACAGUUAGAAUCAAUACCUCAGAGAAUAUAGAUAUUCAGACAAGAGAAUACCCUCCUGUCAAAGUUAUGCAAACAGCUGUUGUUGGCACGGAAGGAAUGCUUAGCUACAGACUGAACCUCGAAGAUUUUCCUGCGAAUGCUCGCGCUUAUGCGUAUUUUGCAGAAAUCGAAGAGUUAGAAUCAAACGAGACUAGAAAAUUUAAACUGGCAACACCAUACAUCUAUGACUAUAGCAAUGCAGUUGUAAACAUUGCAGAAAAUGCAAAUGGGAGUCACAGACUGUAUGAGCCAAGUUAUAUGAAUGUGACUUUGGAUUUCGUUAUGUCGUUUUCGUUUGUUAAAACCCGUGACUCUACUCGAGGACCGCUAUUAAAUGCAAUCGAGAUUAGUAAGUAUCUGAAGAUUGAGACGAAGACUAAUAUCCAAGAUGUGAGUGUUCUGAAUUUCUUUCGUUCCAUGUCCACCGGAGAUUCUUCGAUGAACGGAGGUGAUCCUUGCGUCCCAGUAGAGUGGAAUUGGGUGAAUUGCAGCUUUAAAUCUUCACCAAGAAUCACAAAAAUUGCAUUGUCAAGAAAGAAUUUGGAAGGGGAGAUUCCACCAGAGAUUAAUAACAUGGAGGAAUUAUCAGAGCUGUGGUUGAACGAUAACUUCCUGACAGGACAGCUACCAGAUAUAAGCAAUCUAAUUAAUUUGAAAAUUGUGCAUCUCGAGAACAAUAAACUGUCUGGUUCAUUACCUAAGUACCUUGGUAAUCUGCCAAACUUACAGGAACUGUAUAUACAGAACAACUCCUUCACUGGGAAAUUACCACCAGCAUUGCUAACUGGGAAAGUAAAAAUUAACUACGGGGAUAAUCCGGGACUACAUAAAGAGGUACCUAAAAAGAUGCAUUUCAAGUUGAUUCUCGGAACCUCAAUUGGCAUACUUGCAAUCCUAUUACUUCUUCUGUUCGGAACUUUAGUAUAUCUUCAUAGAGUUAAAAAGAAGACUAAUCAUCAGAAAAUCAAUGACAAAGGAAAUUCUAUGCGUUCUAGUACGAAACCUUCGACUGGUAAUUCGAUGGCUCGGGGUUGGCAUCUGAUGGAUGAAAGUGUUUCGUACUAUAUUACAUUUUCCGAGCUUGAAGAAGCUACUAAUAGCUUUUCCAAGAAAAUUGGGAGAGGAAGUUUUGGGAGUGUUUUUUAUGGACAAAUGAAAGAUGGGAAAGAAAUUGCUGUCAAAAUAAUGGCCGAUUCAUGUACUCAUUUAACACAACAGUUUGUGACUGAGGUUUCCCUGUUGUCGAGAAUUCAUCACAGAAACUUGGUUCCAUUAAUCGGAUUCUGCGAAGAAGAAGACCGACGCAUUCUUGUUUACGAAUAUAUGCAUAACGGAACUUUACGAGAUCACAUUCAUGGAUUAGACAACAAGAAACGAUUGGAUUGGCUAGCUCGACUACAAAUUGCUGAAGAUGCCGCGAAAGGACUUGAAUAUCUGCAUACUGGAUGCAACCCCAGUAUCAUACACCGUGACGUAAAAACAAGCAACAUUCUUCUAGACAUCAAUAUGAGAGCAAAAGUUUCGGAUUUCGGGCUCUCGAGACAAACUGAAGACGAUCUGACUCACAUUUCAAGCGUAGCGCGAGGAACAGUCGGUUAUUUGGAUCCUGAGUACUAUGCUAAUCAGCAGUUGACUGAAAAAAGCGAUGUCUACAGUUUCGGAGUUGUUCUUCUCGAAUUGAUCUCCGGUAAAAGGCCGGUAUCAGCAGAGGAUUUUGGAGCUGAAUUGAACAUUGUGCAUUGGGCAAGGGCAUUGAUUCGAAAAGGCGAUGUAAUAAGCAUUGUGGACGAAUUUGUGAUCGGAAACGCGAAAAUAGAAUCGAUUUGGAGAGUAGCUGAAGUAGCGAUUCAAUGUGUCGAACAACGAGCAACUUCUAGGCCAAGAAUGCACGAAGUGAUAAUGGCAAUACAAGAAGCUAUCAAGAUUGAAAAAGUAACCGAAGGAACCGAAAAACUUAGCGGUAGCAGCAGCUCCAAAGGACAAUCUUCAAGAAAAACUUUACUCACAAGCUUUCUUGAUAUUCAGAGUCCUGAUUUAUCUAAUGGUUCCUUAGCCCCAGCUCCCAGAUAAUCAAUUUUCCACUACCUGAAUAAUUUUAAUUAGCAGAAUCACCCUUGUUGAUCUUGUUGAUUUCCAUUUUUUUUAUAUAAUUUCUUAUUGGUACAUCAAGAAUUUUGGGGAAUAUGUUGGGAUUUAAACUAUGACGUUACAUGAUGUAUACAUGAAUGUAAUCAAUUUAGAUUUUUUUGUUAUUAA